AUGGCAGGUAACAAACCGCCAUUUUCAAAACUUGUUUGGGUCUUGGCCCUUUGUAUAUCAUUACCAGUCUCUGUGCUGGCCACACCCCAAUGGCAUACAGUGAAUGGUGUCCAUGUCAACGGCACCCAAUGCUCCUUGCCAACCUAUAAUGCUUAUCCUUGUUCGCCACUUUGUGUACGUGAUAUUGCCAAUUGCCCUGAAUCGGUGCGUCCUAGUUGCCCUGAAGGCCAAACGUAUUGUGUGGAUGGUGAAUGUCGUGCUUCAUGUCCUGCUGGUUUGACAUCAGCUUGUGCUUGCCCUGGUGCUCCUGAAAUUCAAGUUCCCGUGUACGCUUGUUUGAAGGGGCAACGUGUUGAUAUCCCAAACUUUGUUGCUACCAACAAGUCUGAACAAAGUGCUGAAGCCUGUGCCAUUGAUCUCGGUGUGUCGACCUCAACUCCUGCAUGGGAUGGGGCCAACCCUGCAGAUGUCAUGUGGGGUGAAUGCCCCACACCUGAUUAUGGCGAGUUGAAUUUCCAUGAACCCGUCUUCAUUGCCUUGUAUGCUUUCUAUGGCUCUUGUGCUGCUAUGCUUAUCUUUUGGGUGUUGUAUAAGCGUAUUCGCGAAAAGAUCAACAUGGUGGCCUUAUCCAAAGCGGCUGAACGUCAUGCUGCAAUGAAUGAAAAAGUACCCUCUUCCAUUGAAAAGGAGUCCAUCCAUUCCGGCACCAAUGAGAAAAAGGCUAACCAAGCUGGGAGCUCGGGUAAUGAUAAGGACAGCGUAUCGGAUGCAUCCAGCGAUGAAGAAGACCGCAUGGUGAUCAAAGGUUACAAAACAGACCCUGUUGGCUUUUUCUGCUUUGGCCUUUUCAUUGUACAAACCAUUGGCAUGAUUGCCUAUGAGACCAUGAUGACCAAGGAUUACUAUGAUGAGUAUCUCAUGUUCCGUGGCAGCCAGCUUGUUCAAAGCUCGGUCUUCAUUGCCAUGUGGUACAUCCUUUUCUUUUGGUUUGCUUCGAUUGCUAUCUUUAAGCAUCGUCUCAUGAACUUUUUCCGUAUUCGUUGCUCGUAUGCCGCUGCCGACUAUGUGCAAAUUGAAAGAUACCAAGCACCCACCAUUUUCCUUCAAGACCAAACUGACAGGUUGACUGAUAUUGUCAAUCAAAUGCAAGACAUUGGCUGCAAGUUGCUUGGUUUGGAUGUUGUCGUUUCAACCUCCAAGAUGGCCACCGCUAACACGGGUGCACGCUACUUUGUUUAUCAAUGCACUCGCUAUCUCUAUGAGCCUGAGACUGAAACAUUCAAGCCCCACUCUUUUGAUCUUGGUGAAACGAGUGGUGAGCUUGCUCGCUUGAAUGGUGGUCUUACGACUGAAGAAGCCGGCCGUCGUGAAGAAAUGAUUGGUCCCAACUUUAUCAGUGUUUACGUACCCAACGUCUUUAUGGCCUUUAUGCGUGAAUUCUCCAACUUUUUCUACAUUUAUCAAUUCACCAUGCUCUGGUUGUUUUAUUACUUUGCUUAUUGGCAAGUGGGUAUUUCCGAUACGGGUGUCAUUUUACUCUCUGCCAUGGUCAAUGUUUUUAUUCGUCUCCGAUCUGAACGUCGUAUCAAAAAGAUGGCAGAGUAUACCGAUAAUGUCAAUAUCUUGCGUGAUGGCCAAUGGAAGGAGAUGUCCACAGCUGACCUUGUGCCUGGCGAUGUAUUUGAAGUAGCUGAAGGUCAAGUUGCCCCUUGUGAUGCUGUUAUCCUCACUGGUAAUAUCGUGGCCGAUGAAAGUUCCUUAACGGGUGAGCCUUUGCCCAUUCGUAAGUUCCCCCUGCGUACGGAUGAUAACUCUGUAUACAAUCGCCUUGGCUCUGGAAAGAUCUCCACCCUCUUUUGUGGUACCACCAUGUCUCAAGCACAACCCACACAAGAAGGUGAACGUGUUACUGCUCUUGCCACUGAAACUGGUACCGCCACUGAUAAGGGUCAACUUGUCAAGAAGAUUCUUUUCCCUGCUCCAGUCUCCUUUAUUUUCAAUCAACAACUCAGAAUCACUAUUCUCAUCUUGCUCAUUUGUGGUGCUAUUUGCUUGGCUUUUGCUAUCUACUUUUAUGCUUCAGGCACAAGUGCUUGGUUGUAUGCCAUGUUUUGUAUUUGUCAAUUGCUCUCUCCUUUGCUCCCAGCAGCUCUUGUUGUGGGUCAAUCGGUUGCUUCAGGACGUCUUCGUGAUAGAAAGAUUUACUGUGUGGAUCUUCCUCGUAUCUUGAUGGCUGGCAAAGUACAACUCUUUUGCUUUGACAAGACCGGUACAUUGACCAAGGAAGGCUUGGAAUUCUUUGGUGCUCAACCCAUUGCCGAUUUCCAAGACUCUACUGCUGGCGACAAGACCAAGAGUGCUACUCCUUCAUUUGGCCAGCAAUAUGACAAGGUCGCCGAUGUUCCUCGCUUGAUGCAAAUUGGCCUUGCUACUUGCCAUGCUGUCACCACCUUGAAUGGCCAAUUCAUUGGCAACCCUGUCGACAUUGAGAUGUUCCGUUCUUCUGGUUGGACUCUUGAGGACAAGAAGGGCAUUGCAGAUGCCGUUGAUACCUUGACGCCACCCUCCACUGCUGAUAUCAAGGAGCCCAUUCACGUGCUCAAGCGCUUUGAAUUUGUUCACGCUCGCAUGUCCAUGUCCGUUGCUAUCCUCGAUCCCCUCACCAACAAGGUCCAUAUCUUCGUGAAGGGUGCUUAUGAAAAGAUCAAGGACUUGUGUCAACCUGAAUCCAUCCCUGCUGAUUAUGAUUUGACAACUGCCAACUUGGCUCGUCAAGGUUGUUAUGUAUUGUCUCUUGCUCAUCGUGAAAUUGACUUGGAGGAAAUUGGUGGUAUGAGUGCUUUCCGCAACUGGACUCGUGAUCAAAUGGAGGAGCAAAUCCGCUUUGCAGGUCUUAUCAUCUUCAAGAAUCAACUCAAGGAGGAUACGACUGAAAACAUUGCUGAACUCAAGGCUGGUGAUACCCGCACGAUUAUGAUUACUGGUGACACGGCAUUGACUGGUGUCUUUAUUGCUCGUCAAUGCGGCAUGGCACUUCCCAACUCUCGUAUUUUGCUUGGUGAUCUUGAUAAGAAGAACAACCGUAUUGUAUGGACCGAUGUGGAUGAGCCUGAAACCUUCCCUGAUGAGGAUCCCGACAAGUACUUGAUGAAUAAGGAGCACACCCCUAUUGAAUUGGCUGUUACUGGCAAGGCUUUCCAAUGGCUCGUUGACAAUGAUUUGAUCCGCAAGUACCUUUUGGAUAUUCGUGUAUUCGCUCGUAUGACUCCUGCCGGCAAAGUUCAAUGUGUGCAACUUCAUAUGGAACGUGGUAUCACUGCUAUGACGGGUGAUGGCGGUAACGAUUGUGGUGCUUUGCGUGCUGCCCAUGUUGGUAUUGCCAUGUCCGAUGCCGAAGCCUCUAUUGUGUCGCCUUUCAGCACUAGCAUUCGUAGCGUCAAGUCAUGUGUUGAGUUGCUCAAGCAAGGCCGUGCUGCUCUUACUACUUCGCUCACUGGUUACAAAUACUUGAUUUUGUAUGGCCAACAAAUGAUGAUGAUCAAGCUGCUCAACUUUUACUUUUCCAUCAGUAUGUCGCAAUACAUUUGGAUUGGUAUUGACGUGUUCAUCACGGUGCUCUUGACUUGGGCUGUUUCACAAUCCAAGGCUGCUGAUCGACUUGCUCCCCAACGUCCCACUGCUCGUUUACUUGGUGGUCAAACCAUGGCAUCUACGCUUGGCUUGGUUGGUCUUAACUGGUUGUUCUUGUGCUGCGCCUUCAAAUUCCUUUACCAGCAGGACUGGUUCCGUUGCAAUGAAUUUGACAGCAAUGCCGUUGACUUGUCGAAAUGGUGGUUGCUUGCUGAUGGCUAUGAACCUGAAUUAUUGACGAUCAUGGCUCUUUUCAUGUUUAUCAACAAUGCCGCCGUGUUCAGCUUUGGCUACAAGUUCAGACGCCCCAUCUACCGCAACUAUGCCUUGAUCUUUUUGUGGACCGUGUAUAUGAUCAUGGCUUCAUACUUUUUGCUCGCUGAUCCCAACCGAUUUGGUUGCUUGUUCCGUUUCAAUUGUGGUACGCCGGCCGUGCUUGAGAAAAUUGGUUAUCAACCACCUCCCACUUACAUUGAGCAAUACAACACCCCUCUUGGACACAACGUCUUCCCUUGGGAAUUCCGCUGGAAACUCUGGGGAUUGGCUAUGGGCUAUGUCGUAUCGGCUUUAGUGUACGAACGCUUGAUUAUUCUUGGUCCUGUCCACGAUUGGUUCGCCAAAAAGUAUCCUGUGGAACGUCUCGUUGUAACCCGAUAA